UUCAUUAGUGUUACUGGAAGUGAACGAUUGUGUGCGGUAUAUCGUUUAAUUUUAUCGGUUCGACGGGCCGAUGUAUAAUUCGUCGCCGAUUCCAGAAAUACAUAAUCAUUCAUCAAAUCAGCUUCGGAGAUUUUUUUUAACGCGGUUGCCAUUAAGAAUGGUUUUCGAGGCAGGCAAAGCUCCGCUUGUUCCUACCACGCAGUUAUUAAAACUAAACUGUCGCACAGAGGCUCAUUUAGCUACUAAACUUAAUGGUUUUGAUCAUCGGUCGUACGAAGAUGCAAUUUCAGCAUUGAAUGGACUGCAAACGAAUUCGGUUACAUUAAAAGAAUCGAUUGGCCGCGCACACAAUACACAAUGUAACCAUGUUAAAGAAACGCAAGUAUUUUUGGAAAAAAUUGGAAUAACACUUGACGAUUUGGACAAAUUAUCUGUGAUUCAUGUAGCCGGAACAAAGGGCAAGGGAUCAACGUGUGCUCUUGUCGAAUCAAUUCUUCGCAACCAAAAUGUUAAAACCGGAUUUUAUUCAUCGCCACACUUAUUAAAUGUUACUGAACGCAUUCGUAUAAAUGGCGAACCAAUAUCAAAGACAAAAUUUUCACAAUACUUUUGGAAAAUUUAUGGCACUUUAGAAGAAACAAAGCAAAGUGUUCACGAUAUGCCUCCAUAUUUCAAGUUUCUGACAAUCAUGGCAUACUAUGUAUUUUUAAAGGAAAAAGUGGAUGUGGCCGUUGUUGAAGUUGGAAUUGGCGGCGAAUAUGAUUGUACAAAUGUUGUUCGAAAUACGAAAACCGUCGGCAUCACAUCGCUCGGUUUGGAGCACACUCAAUUGCUUGGACAGACAUACAAAGAUAUUGCUUGGCAAAAGAGCGGCAUCAUUAAAUCUGGUUCAAGUGUCUUUUCAACUCAUCAAAAUGACGAAUGCAUUCCAGUAUUGUUGGAAAGAGCGCAUGAAAAAAAUGCCAAUUUAAGGUUUAUACCGGAUUUCAUGGAGUAUAAAUAUCAUGAUGCAAAUGUUUUCAAUGACAUUGCCACCAACCCAACAAAGUUGAGAAAUGCAUCAUUAGCAAUUCAGCUGAGCUACGAUUGGAUACGAAAAAAUCCACAUAAACUAACAAAUAAAUCAAUUUGUGAGCACGUGGACAGCUCCGAUAAUUUGACGCUACCAGUUGAAGUAAUGGAAGCACUUGUAAAUUGUUAUUGGCCUGGUCGAUGUCAAACGUUGAUUUAUCGCAAUUUGACUCUGUACAUCGAUGGAGCGCACACAAUCGACAGUUUACAGCUCUGUGUUGAUUGGUUUAAUGAUAAAACUAAUUCACGACCCGAGAAAAAGCUGUUGCUCUUCAAUGUAACGGGUGAUCGAAAUGUAAGCGAUAUGUUGGAUAUUAUUAACUCAAAAAUACAAUUUGAGCAAGCUCUUUUCACGCCAAACAUUUCAUCAUUACAAACACAAGAUAAAGACAAUUUGUAUACAUUUGCACAACCAAACCACUCGAAACGAAAUGCUGAAUAUUGGUCUAGCCUAAAACCACAAAACAAAUCAAAAGAUUUUUCCUGUUUAGCGGAUGUAUUCAAGUAUUUGCAGAAACAUUUUGGACAUGAAGAAACUUCAAUUUUGGUGACCGGUUCUUUACACCUGGUUGGGGAAGUUUUACGUACAAUUAAAGAAUGACAAUUAUUAUUAAUUUUUCACAAGAAAAAGAUAAGAUAUAUUAUAUAUUUUUUUAUUCAAUGAAUGGAAUGCGGAAACAUUUGUCUCGAAUUUUUGCACAUUUGU